CUUACAGCGGUUAGCUUCCGGGGCACCUGCGGAAAACUGACUGAAGAACCAUUCUUAGUCGCUAUUAAAAUUCGUCAUUUCGACAAAUCGUGUGGACUAACGCUUGUUCUAGGAGGUCAGACGGACAUAUGCGAAUAUGCAGAAUAUGAUAAAUAGCAUGAAAGGCGUGGGCCUUGGGGUGGCUGAAUUCUUGACACCAGUUUUAAAGGAGUCAAAGUUCAGAGAGACCGGGGUGUUGACACCAGAGGAAUUUGUCGCCGCAGGGGACCAUCUGGUUCACAGUUGUCCGACGUGGAAGUGGAGUGCAGGAGAGGCGAGCAAAAAGAAAUCUUAUCUCCCAGACGAAAAGCAAUUUCUUCUCACCAACAAUGUUCCUUGUUAUAAGAGAUGCAAGCAGAUGGAAUACCAUGAGGAGAACGAGGCCAUCAUCGAAGAGAACGAUGAAGAUGGAGGAUGGGUGGAUACACAUCAUAAUGCAGAUUUGACAGGUAACCAAGCUGCUGAAAAGUCUAGCGAGAUGACCCUUGAUCCAAAGUCAGAGCCAACAGCUUGUGGUGACGAUGAUGACGACGACGAUGAUGAUGAAGAAGCAGAAGAUAUGGAAGCUUUUGAGGAAAGCGGAAUGCUAGAAGCAGAAGACAAUGCCACUCUGGAUACGAGUAAGCUAAAGGGUACGGGGUCAGAGAGCGGAGGGGCCAGUGGAGAGAGCGGAAUACUGCAAACGAGAACAUACGAUCUAAACAUCACAUAUGACAAGUACUAUCAAACACCUAGGCUAUGGUUGUAUGGAUAUGAUGAGCAUCGAAAACCUUUGACUGUAGAUCAGAUGUAUGAAGAUAUUAGCCAGGAUCAUGUGAAGAAGACUGUAACAGUAGAAUCCCAUCCAAAUCUUCCACAGACGAUGUGCUCUGUACAUCCAUGCAGACAUGCUGACGUCAUGAAGAAGAUCAUUCACACGGUGCAAGAUGGCGGAGGUGAACUAGGAGUACAUCUCUACCUUUUAAUUUUCCUGAAGUUCGUCCAAGCCGUGAUUCCAACGAUAGAAUACGACUACACUAGACACUUCACCAUGAACUCGCCUCUCUCAACGCGGUGAACGACCGUUUACCAUGGCAACGGGGCAAUCGGCAGCAGCUAGCUAUCACCCUGUGGAGGCUUCUUAUCUCAAUAUAAUCAUGCAAUAUCAUAAGUAUCCUAGCAAUGUGUAUGUGGAGCAGUGGGAGUAUGUGAUUCAUUGUUAGAAUUAACUCAAAAGAAUUCAAAUUCGUUCAGAUUAUAUCAUUCCAUGAAGAGUGUUUUCAUCCUUGCAAAUUUCCCUUUUUUUUCCUUCAUCAGUGCUGAAGUGUUGUUGCUUGGUCCUGCAUCACAAACACAUCAAAUCGAUAGUUACAAUCAAUCGUAACUUCUCGUUCACAUUUUCGUAUAGACGUACAGUUACACUUAGCUAUAAUAUAGCUUGAAAUGCGUGUGCGCUGUAAUCUGAGUAAUUACGGCAGCCAAGCUACAUCUGGGGUAAUAAUAUCCAAGUCCUUUGGAAGCGCAUAGAGACAUUAUUCAUAAUUGUGAUAUGCGCUAUACAAGAACUGUUUAUUAUUAUUAUUAUUAUUAAUAUUGAUUGUAUGGUUUGAUGAUACUGGGCCUUGAUUUAUCAACUGCAAUAUAUUAUCUUUUUUUUUUAACAUGGAUGCUGUUGCCUUGGUCGAUAUUAGGCUGUGUAAAUCUACAUGUAGACAAUCUGUGAACUGUUGAUGACCACUGAGCUCAUAGCAAAGAAGUAUUUAAAAUUUGAGGGAAUAUAAACUGCAGUAAAAUCUCCUCCAAUGGCUACGCUGAAAUAUUUUCGUCAUGAAAUGUAUAUUCUAUUCUACAAGAGGCAUAUGCUUCCAUAUAGUUUUGCGUGAUACGUCAUGCAUGUGAUGUAACUCAGAGCUCACAUUAUUCUGUACAUGAGAGCUCUAAAAAAAAGUGAGAAAACAGCUGUUUUGGCCUUACACUGUUCUGACAUGUCGGUGAUGUCCUUGUAUUAUACCAUGAUGUUUAGAAAGCUUAAUGUUUCAAGCAAAAUGGUAUAGAAAAGAGAUCUCAUCAAUAUUUAUGGCAAAAAGCUGUCUUGUAGUAUGUUAGCUGAUUGCAAUUUCAUGAGAGAUGUAGCCUUAUCAUGGUGGUAACUGCACAUGAGCAGUAAAAGGUCAUCUGAGAUAAACCAUCAAGGUGGUUUUCAAAUUCACUGACAUAUUUGUGUUUUGAUGAUAAUUCAUAUGUUCCUGUAAAAAUUUGGUUUUUCAUCACAUCCACUGAAGAUUAAGUGUUCGCAGUGAUUGGUAUUUGACAGUAGCCCGAAUAAUAGUGGAAAGUGCCAAAAGCAGACACUGCAACAAACAAUUUCCAAAUGUGAUCACUGAUGUACUAUUCUAGUCACGUAGUCUAUGCCAUGUCUUUCUUUCGUAGAAUUUUGGAAAGCUUACGCAACAUAUUCAUUUUAAAGAAUUAUUGCUCAUCUUAAUGAAAAAAAUAGGAAUGGCCAUUUGAGGAAAGUUGACCAUGAGCUUACUGCGACUUGGCGUAGUGUUAGUGCCUUGCCUUGAGGGAAAUAGCAAAAAAUAUGCCCUAUGCCCUAUAGGAUGUACAUCUAUACCUGCCAAGUCAAAGUGUCCAGUAUGAUAGUGCUGUUUUGCCUGCAGUGUUUGCCAAAAAUUAAGCAAGUCAAUAGCGUGGUUAUUUUCUCAAUGUUCCUUCAUUCAUACGUGUACUUUAGAGUCUGGCAAAAUAGAUCUAUUAAAAGGCAACAAAAUUCAUCAAAUCGGCAUGAUUUAUUUUCAUUUUCUGACAGAAUUGUGUGCAUAACGGUACACUGCUCUGCUAGCCUACUAGAUUUGACUGCACACAGUUUCAAUAUGGAUUACACAAUAUCAUGUACACAGAGUCUACCGUGAAGCCUUGAAGACUUUAAAGUUUUCAAAAAUGUAGGACUGCAAAACUGCUGACCGUUCGCAAACUAACUAGCCAAUCAACCAAGAUCAAGUAAAGUUUUUCUAUAUCAUUUUUCAAAAAAAAAAAAGAUUACCAUGUAUCUAAAUUCCAUGAUUAUUUUGUGGUAAAAAUUUGCACUAUUCAGCAGUAGCUGUGGCAAAACCAUGACAAUAGCAGGUCAAUCAUACAUGCAGAAGAUGUAAAUGGCUGAGUGGCUCUGUUCCUAGUAGUUCUUAGAUUCAAAUCCCUAUCUGGUGCUAUGCUGGGAUUUUCUUUCUAAAGCCUUUACUUGAACAUUUUCAGCUACGGGCUUUCGUGUCAAUAACUAAUAUACAUGUGCAUGUGCCGAUUUACGAUCAGUCAUGUACAAUUUGAAGUAUUUAGAACUGCUUGCAUGCAUUUAAUUUGCAAACCGAUAUGUAGCUAACACCUCAUGCAUUUUACCUGAAAAGAUUAUGACUGAUGGGGCAUUGUAAGAAACUUUGUGAUCAAAUGCAAAAAGAUUUGCAAUCAAUCACAAAUGUAUUGGGUCCCCAUAUAAAUCAUAUGUCUUGCAAUUAAUUGCACAUUUGCAACCGAUUGCCGGUCAACUCCUUGAAUCAAGGGGUGUAACUUGAUUUGCUAGAGCUAUGAUGAUUUAUCAAUUUUAAAAUUGCAAUAGAGAUUUCAAUUGAUCGCAAGCAUUUUCUUGCGAUGUCCCUUUAUGUCCUAUGUCCAUUCCAUGGAGCUGGGCUUCAGUUUUAGAAUCUGUGACUUACGUUUCUUUUUCUUUCAAACAUUGCUUCCAUAUGUAUUAUAUUGCACUGAGCAUGUCGAAUGAUAUUGUGUAUACAUGUAUGUAUAUAAUAAGAAAAUUUAUGCAAUUAUCUUAUAUUUGAUUGAUUAUUAUGAUUAUUAUGCGAUACUUUACUAUAUAAAUCCUAUUUUUGUUACUUUGUAUUUGUUUUGAACAAUGUUAAAUGCUGAUGUAAAGGCUUAUUAGUGUUGGUAAUUUACUAUUGGAAAGCUGUGUCCUGUAUUUGAUAGUGAUGAAGGAUAUUUAUAACUCAGAAGGGAGUCAGAGUUACAAUGGAUUGUGAUAAAUCUAAUCAGUGGAAAGCCAGCAGCGCCAAAAUUCUUUGUCUAUAAGCUUAUCUUAUCUCUAUGUCAACUUUGAUCACGUGGAAUCGACGUGAUAAAAGGUCGCUGAUUGACCAAAGCAGUGACGUGCACCAGGGGCAAAAUGAAAUUCAGGAUUUUCCAAGGGAGGGGGGCAUUUUUGUACAGAAAAAAAUUAACAAGCCCCCCCCAAAAAAAACCCCCAAAAAAUGACUUCACUUCCAAGUAAUGGUGAUUUGUGUCAGGUAAAAUUUGACAAACAAAAAUGCAAGACAUAUUACCCUAACAAAUAUUUUUCAUGGCUCUCAAAAAGGGGGGGGGGCUCGGGCCGGAUGUGCCCCCACUUGGAUCCGCCACUGUAAUGCACAAACUUUUCCCCCUUUGACUAUAAUGUCCCAUUUAUUAAUUCAGAAGAACCCUAGAUUUAAAAAGUUGACAACUCUGGUUCAGACUUCAUAGAAUCUGCAAUUUGUCAUUUGUAGUGAUUUUCUCACCUUACGAAUGUCACUUGCCCUUUAAGGAGUGAAAAUUAGCUUAAUAGCUUAAUGUAAUGUAAUAGCUUAAUGUAAGAUGUUAAAAGAUGAGCUAAACAUGUUCUUGUCCCAGCUUUAUUCGAGGAUGAUUAUUAAGUCCUUAUAUUGCAUCAAAUAAAUGUUUCCACUUUAAUCACUUAUUUUCAACCAAAGCUGACUAAAUUGAGGAUCUAUCGCAACAUCUUUUGUGAGUCUUUGGAGCUGAUAUAGUGAACUUUAUUAUUGUAUUUCCCCCCUUGUAAAUUGAGAAACCUUUUAUUUUUGGCUUUAAAUUGUAUAUCUUGCCAAGUGUUGAACUGCCAGAAUAUUGAAAGAGCUUUAAGCUUAUUCACAAAUUAAAUUGUAAAUGGUCUUUUAUUAUGAUUUAGAAUAAUAUUAACCAACUCAAAGCCGGAGGUGUUGAAUUAUCAUGUCUUAACCAAAUCAUUGUGACUUGUGUACAAUAUAUAUAUAUAUAUACGUCUGGGGACUGUUUCAUCAACAUUUUUGUCUGACAACUUGUCAGAUCUGACAUCUUUCCUUGAUUUUGAUUGGCAGAGCCGCAUUGUUACUAUAGUAACUGUCGGAUAAAAUGGGACUUGUCGGAUAAAACGUCCGACAAGUCCUUUCAUGAAACGCUCCCCUGAUUCUUCUAAUUUUUCAUCUUCAAGGAAUAACAUGUACAUCAAUGCCGUGCUUCUUUCUGGCUUGUAGUGUUAUAUUGAAAGAUCUGUUUCAUAGAAAUCAAUGUUUAUUGAUACACAUUUUUGAGUGGGUGAUAUUACAACCAAUUUAUACACAGACUAUGGUCCUGCAAAGUUCCUGGUCAAUCAUUUGAACAAAGUGCACAUCCAACGAUGAUCUUGAUUGGUCAAAUGGCAUUUAGCAAUUGAUUGCAAUCUUUUGUGUUGGAGAACCUACUUGUACACGUAAAUGGAGACGGUAGUGACUUUAAACUCUCCUAAUGGAUAAUGCAGCAUAUGUUGUAUCUGUAUGUUGAGUACUGACCCCCACCCCCCCCCCCCUCCCCCCAUCUUUUGUGACUGGGCUUUGUAAAUGCGGCAUCUCAGUGGCAGAAAGCCUUUAUUACAUGUAGUCCAACAGAAAGGUGCAGUUUUCGAUUCUCCCUUUCUUUCUCAAUGUCGUCACAAAGGCUCGGCUUCUUGCUUGGCAAAUACUGUUAAGAUUGCAAAAGAGGUUAGAUCAACUUUGGUUGAAAUUUCGGUUAUUGAUUUCGGAAUUGUGUUAAGCCCUCUUUCUUUCCUCUACAGCAACUCUUUAAGGGAUAGUUCACCCUGAUCUGAAAUUAAAUUUUAUAAAAGCAGAAAAUGAGAGAAAUAUAUUGUUUGGCAAAAACCCAUCGAAGAAUAAGAGCAUUAUGAAUUUUUCAAGUUUAUAUUAUGUGAUUUCAUUCGCUAGAAAUUCCCCCAAUAUGAUUUUCUACUUUUUAUUUAACUACCUUUAUUUCAGGGUGAACUAACUUUGAAUUGCAAAAAGGGUAGGAUCAACUUGAAUGCAAUUUGAGUGAUAUUUAUUGGUAUCAGCAAUGCUGCCAAUUAGGAUUUUUAUCCUACCUCAUUUAGUAGGAGUUUUAAGGGAAAAUGACAAUAAAAGUUUCUUUCAUUCAAUUCUAAUACACAAAAUGCCAAUUGGCGGCAUAAGCAGAUAAACACAAAUCUCAUACGGCUGAAAUUCAUGUGUAUUUUGAGAUUUAAAAAGUAUUAACCUAAAUACUAUGCGUUAUUAUCAAGAAAAAAAUAUUACUCUAAAAAAUCGCACGAGGUAUUUGUGUUAUGUUGUGCAAAUUGCAAGAUUUGCUGUAAAAUUUUACAAGUGGAUCUUCCCUUUUUUGUUUCACAAGCUUUACAGAAGUUCCAUACAUUUGGAAUAAAAAGGGCAUUAAUCAUAUAUGAAACAUACAUGUGAAAUCCUUUUUGCUCCUAAUGUUUGAUAGUAUUAUCUGUUAUGUGUAAGGACAUGAAUUGAUGUAUGAAUGCAUGUCAGUCCUGUUUUCAUGAUAUAUGACAUAAAACCUACAUGUAACUGUUGGCAGCUAA